CUGUCCAAGUUGAAGAGGAGUUCUGUAUACAGGGAUUCUUACCCACGGGUCAUAGUCAAGGACACCAGGCACAGAGGACCAAACUAUUACAUCACAUCUAAUUUCUAAAAUGGAAGAAGCCAAAAACCAAAGUUUAGAAGAAGACUUUGAAGGACAGGCCACACAUACAGGACCCAAAGGAGUAAUAAAUGACUGGAGAAAGUUUAAAUUAGGGAGCGAAGACAGUGACUCAGUCCCUCCCAGCAAGAAGGAGAUUCUCAGACAAAUGUCUUCUCCCCAGAGUAGGGAUGACAAAGACUCAAAAGAAAGAUUCAGCAGAAAGAUGAGCAUUCAAGAGUAUGAACUAAUCCACCAAGACAAAGAGGAUGAAAACUGUCUUCGUAAAUACCGGAGACAGUGUAUGCAGGCCAUGCACCAGAAGCUGAGCUUUGGGCCGAGACAUGGGUUUGUGUAUGAGCUGGAAAGUGGGGAGCAAUUCCUGGAGACCAUUGAAAAGGAGCAGAAAAUCACCACGAUCAUUGUCCACAUUUAUGAAGAGGGCAUUAAGGGCUGCCACGCUCUAAACGGUAGCUUAACGUGCCUGGCAGCCGAAUACCCCAUGGUCAAGUUUUGUAAAAUCAAAGCGUCCAAUACAGGUGCUGGGGACCGCUUCUCCGCAGAUGUCCUCCCCACGCUGCUCAUCUACAAAGGCGGGGAGCUCAUAAGCAAUUUUAUUAGUGUUGCUGAACAGUUUGCUGAAGAAUUUUUUGCUGGGGAUGUGGAAUCUUUCCUAAAUGAAUAUGGGCUACUACCCGAAAGAGAGAUCCAUGCCCUAGAGCAGACCAAAAUGGAAGAAGAUGUUGAAUAAAGAUUCCCUGUGUCAGUCUCUCAUAUUCCUCCUUUACAUAUUGAACAUUGAUUUGGUAGUAUCCGUGUUCCUUUAGAGAAUACCAAGUAUGGACAUGAAUAUUCUAAUGUGGAAAUAAAACCAGGUUGACACUAAAGUUAUAUGAUUAGUAUUUCUUAGUGUUAGUUACUCAGAUUGAUAGAACGCUUUAUUACAAAACAUUGUAGUCUUCGGAAACAUGUUAGUAGACAAAGAGAAUAUGGAUAAUACUGGGACAGUUUUCAAAAAUCCCUUUCAAGUUAUGUUAGCAUUUUUACUUCUUGUUGUUUUUUUUUCUGCAGUGUUAUUAUUUGGACUUUUAAAUAUAUAUCAUCAAUUAUCAUUUUGCCUACAUAGUAAGAAUAAAGUCUCAUGAGGAAAUAAA